AUGUCCGAGACCAAGGAACUCACUUUCCAAGAGAUCGCCGAGCACAACACCAAGAAGGACCUCUACCUGAUCGUCCACGACAAGGUCUACGACUGCUCCAGCUUCGUCGAUGAGCACCCUGGCGGUGAAGAAGUCCUCCUCGACGUCGGCGGUCAAGACAGCACCGAAGCCUUCGAAGAUGUCGGCCACAGUGACGAAGCCCGCGAAAUCCUAGACGCCAUGCUCGUCGGCACCGUGAAGCGCAUGCCCGGUGACCCCGAGCCCAAGGCCGCCCACGCCGCACCCUCCUCUUCCUCCUCCUCCUCUUCUACCGCCGGCUUCGGCGUCGGUCUCUACGCCGUUGUCCUGAUCGGUGGUGCCAUUGCCUACGGUGCAUACAACUACCUGCAGGCCCAACAGGCUCAGCAGCAGUAA